UCCCAAGUUUCACGCUUCCAUCUCUGAAAACCCUAGCCAACCUUUUCCCAUACAUCAAAGAACAAGCCCAACAAUGCCGCCUAAGUUCGACCCAACCCAAGUCGUCGACGUCUUCGUCCGCGUCACCGGUGGCGAGGUUGGAGCAGCCAGUUCUCUCGCUCCAAAGAUCGGUCCACUCGGUCUCUCUCCCAAAAAGAUCGGUGAAGACAUCGCCAAAGAAACCGCCAAGGACUGGAAGGGUCUCCGCGUAACUGUCAAGCUCACCGUCCAGAACCGUCAGGCUAAAGUAACAGUAGUUCCGUCAGCGGCGGCUCUUGUAAUCAAGGCCUUGAAGGAGCCGGAGAGAGAUAGGAAGAAGACCAAGAACAUCAAGCAUAACGGGAACAUCAGCCUGGAUGACGUGGUCGAAAUUGCGAAGGUAAUGAGACCGAGGUCUAUGGCUAAGGAUUUGAGGGGGACAGUGAAGGAGAUUCUGGGCACCUGCGUUUCCGUUGGGUGUACGGUUGAUGGGAAAGACCCAAAGGAUUUGCAGCAGGAGAUCGAUGAUGGAGAUGUUGAUGUUCCUUUGGAGUGAAAAAGUUCGUUCUUUCGUUUUUAUGAUUUACGACUAUUCUCGUGUUCGUCUUUUCUUAAAAAAAUGUUAUAUUUUAAGAUUUUGAACUACUCGCGAAUAUUUUGAAGUUUUAUUUAGAUGAUAUCGAGUAUCAUCGAUACAUGAUUUUAUUUUU